AAUAGAAAUUAUUUGACACUUUUUAGUGCAUUUCGAAGUCGGAUUUGUUUUUUGUUAAAAAUUAUUUUUUUAUUACGUUUUGUGAAGUUAGCACCCCACGGAUUCAAAGAUCAAUUUUUUUAUUUAAUUCACCGGAACUAUUGCUAAAUUUUAUCAAGAACUGUAGAACUCUUUGGGGUGCAUUCAGAACUUUAACAAAAAAUUAAUUUUUUCAAAAAUGAGGUGCCAGCUUCACAAACGUCCGUGGCGAUGUGUGCGUCGGCUCGCUUGCCUACCAUUUUUCUGUUCAUACAACGGGUGAAAAUUGUGACAUUUGAUUCGAGUAAUAGGCUUCCGAAAUCCAUUAAUUUAUUAGCUUCAUUCCGUCGCCAAGCGUAAGUAGAUGUACCUUGUAAUUCUUUUCCAAUGCGCAUUCGUCUAUCACCACGAACUUCCCGCUUCUUUUCAUGUACGAUCAUGCGAGAAUUGAAGGUGGAAAUAUAUAAAAUCGGACUAUCUUCAGUCGGUUCGGUUUUACAGUAUAUAUGAAUUUCUGAAUUGCAUUCCGAACAACUACCUUUAAUCGACAGGAAUAUCUCGCCAGGAUUUCGAUUUAUUUUGGCAUUUUUAAAUGUGAAGGGACAGGGCAAUUUCAGAUGACUCCAUAAAAUGUCGUAUACCGCGUCCGACCAACCAAUAACGAAUGUUAUUACAAUCCGAAAUACAUUUGAGAAACGUAAAUAAUGCUAUCAAAGGUGCUACAACGAUGGAUAAUCAGGAAGAAGAGAACAAUGAAUGUGAUGAUUAUGACGAAUUAAUUGCUGGAAAUUGGACAGCUUGGGCUGAUAGCAUAUAUACACAAGCCCAAGAAAUCGCCAACAAUUCUAAUAAUGGCAGUGUUGUAAAUGCGUACUACAAUGUCGAAGCUGCUAAAAAAAUCAAACAUCUCAUACAUUAUCUACCUCUGUGGACGGGCAUAAUGAAGCCUUAUUUUAAAUGCGGUUCGCAGAUUGCUACAUCAUCCUUCGUUGAAGCAGAAUUUGCUCAAUUAAAGACUAGGGUAUUUAAAAAUGAACUACCAAAGCGAGUAGACAAGUUCAUUUUGCGUCAUCUGGAAUAUCUUGAUGGUCGACUCAGAUUAACGUUCAAUGCUUCAAAUCAAGAAACGAUUCUAGAUGAAGCUAUUUCGAAUUUGCAAGAUUCUGCUGAAGUAUCAGCUGAUAAAGUACCUGUAGGAUGUAUCAAUCUGCAAGAAUCGUUAAAUGAAGUAGAAAAUUGGUGAUGUAAGAUAGAGAAGAAGACAUCAGCACGUGAUGAAAGCAUUGAAAUAUAACUUUAUUGAUGCAUUGAAAUAUAACUUUAAAAUACCAGGGAAUGCCAGUAAUAGAAUUCUCUGAAUCAAAUGACUUUUGUUUCAAGUAUUUCUUCCUAUCUCAAAAAAUACACUAGGUUCUGAGAAAAGUUUGUAGGAUUAUAUAAUACAAAGAAUUUCAAAA